AUGCAAGUUUUUCUACCUAGGAAGGAAGAAAUGGUUUUGAAUUAUAUUAAUAAAAUAAUUUUUCCCUUUAUGACUAUGUUUGGCACUCUGGGGAACAUGUCUGUUUCUGUGAAUUAUAUGUUCAGUUGCUGGGGAAGCCCUGAGAAGAAACCCAUAUACCUUAUUCUUAUCCACUUGGCUUUUACAAACAUCCUAAUACUUCUUGCAAAAGGAUUGCCCAAGACUAUUUUAGUUUUUGGUUUGAGAAACUUCCUAGAUGAUAUAGGGUGUAAGAUCAUUGUUUAUCUGGAGAGGGUGGCCCGUGGCCUCUCCAUCUGCACCAGCAGUCUCCUCACUGUGGUCCAGGCCAUCAUUAUCAGUCCCAGAGCAUCUGGGUGGAGGAGGCUCAAGCCAAAGUCUGCAUGGCACAUUCUUCCAUUCUUCUCAUUCUUUUGGAUACUCAAUGGUUUAAUCAGUACGAACCUAAUCCAUUUCAUUAGAAGUACAAGUCUGAAUAUAUCACAACAUAUAAAUGAUGAGAAUUAUUGCUAUUUUACACUACAAAAUCAGGAUAUAAAAUGGAUUUUUUUAAUCCUCAUGGUCCUGAGAGAUACAGUGUUUCAGGGUGCUAUGGGAGGCGCCAGUGGCUACAUGGUAUUUCUUCUCCACAAGCAUCACCAGCAUGUCCUCUAUCUUCUCAACUCCAAUCUCCUCUACAGAACUCCCCCUGAGCUGAGAGCUGCUCAAAGUGUCCUCCUUCUGAUGCUCUGUUUUGUUUUCUUCUACUGGACAGAUUGUGCCUUUUCUAUAAUUAUAAACAUCUCUUCAAGGGACACUACCCUGAUGAUAAAUACUCGAGAAUUUCUGACCCUUGGUUAUGCAACUUUUAGUCCCUUUGUUCUGAUUCACAGGGAUGGGCUUCUGAAUAAAUUUUGGCAUGCUCAGUGGGAGAAAUUGAGAAAAUAUCUCUGA